AUGACAAAACGCAAACACCAAGUCCUAAUCGAUUUAGUUCUCAUAACAGCAUUACUUAAUAACGUGUUGCCUUUGUGCAUUAAAAUGUAUACGGCAUCAUCUCAGGCUUCAAGUCAUUUUUAUGACAAUAAUCCUACUGUUAAGAAAGAUGAAUCACCUCAAGCUGAUAGUGCUACUCUUACAGCAUUCAAUUUAUUUAAAGAAGAUUCAUCUUUGGAUCCUGCUGCAGAUGACCUAAGGGAAAACUCAAGUCCUCAUAAAGAAGGUUACGACGAUUCUCUACUUAUUUCAAAAAAAAUACCAUCCACCAUAAAAGGUAAUGAAGCGUGUGACAACGAAAUUUUUCCGAACUUCGAUGUGUGUCAGUCAUGGGAUAAAAUUAACACAGUAAGAGCUGGAUUAAAGCGUCCACAUUCUGCUACCCUUUGUCGUGCUCCCCCUUCUGAAGGUGAAGAUCCUUUAAUGCGUCCUCUAUCAGCGCCAAAGCGUCUAAUCGAAGAUGUGAAUAUAUCUUCAAAUCUAAGUGGUAUCCUAGCUUCUGAUGAUGUUACUCCAGUUGCAUCUGUCAAAUUCAGAGAUAUCAAUGCUGAUGCUCCUAAAUCAACUCUUGAAGCAUUGGUGGCUUCAACUUCUCCAUUGAUGUUCUUCCCUCAUGAAUUUUCCAUGGAUUCUGAUUGUGAUGAUAAAUAUGUAGAGUUUGCGCCUCAGGUUUCACACAACUUGAUAAAUCAAAACCUUUUGAGUGAUUUAUCCUAUUCAAUUGAUUUAACAUCACCAAAUACUGACUUUUCUGUUAAGGGGGAAAAUGAUUUAAAUGCUAUUAAUACAAAUUCAGUAUCUUCAUCGAAGUCUAUGACAUCAUUAGAUCUUAAUGAUCCUAAUUUUAAAUGUCCUGAUUCACAUGGCAGUCAGAAAUCUGUGUACAGUGAUUUAGGUUUAAUAACUGAUGUCUUAGAGAAUAAUAAUGCAUCAGCAACAACACAUAUUAACGAAUACGUUCAAGCAAUGAGAACAUAUGCUGCCGAGUUAUGUCCUGUGGAUUGUGUCAUUUUGCUUGAACACUGUCGACCUUUCAACUGUGAUAGCCUUUACAUGAAGUAUUUUCGUGAUCAAUAUCUUUGUCCAAUCUUAAGCAACUUAAAUGGCGGUCCCCCGCUAAACGCAGAUUUCGGAAGAGAUGCAUAUACAUCUCUUUAUUCGCUUCAUGGUUAUUGUUGGCGUAAGCCAAUACAGACGACUACCUUAGUACCAGACACGCCUAUAAUUUACAAGAUUCUCAAAAGAGUUGCAACUAUGCAACAUGAAUCACGUCAUGCCAAUGACCAGUUAAAUCCUUCUGAAGGUACACCAGGUGAUGAGUUGUUAGAAGCAGCAAUCAGAGAAUUUGACGCUAUCGAUCGAGCAAGACGUGGUUUAUGCAAGAAAGUACAAAGGCAUCUAAUCCUUCUAGCAAUGUCUCCAGUUGAUAUCAGUAAAAUCAAGCAGUCAACUUCAUCUUGUGCGUUAUUUGAAGAAGAAAGUCCUAAAGUGAAUUCUGUGGAACAACCUCUUAACAAUUUGAGGAUGAGAGGAGUUGCUUUAAGCGUUUUUUCACCUGUUCAAAGUCCAAAUCUUUUAAAACUUUAUGAACUUGUUAAUGGUACUCCAGCUUCUCCUUUCUACGAUCGACGUUGGCAAACAGUUGCUUUAUCAGAUAAAUUACUGCAGUCGGAUAUACCAGAGAGACGUAUUGUUGGUCCAUUAGCUGCAGCUUUCCAUGCUCAAACUGAGGCUGAACUAUCUGCUCUUGAACACAAACAACUAUCCAAACAGACUAUUACAAAUGGACAUUCUAAUCGUAUGCUUGAAAAUUCUCAUCUACCACUCACUAAUACACAGACAAUUAAUCACAGUCCGGAUAACCGUUGUGCUGUUAUAAGUAAUAACAGAUAUUCAAUUCAGGAGCAACACUUACAGCAGUCCACCUACUCUAUCGACUCAACCGCUUAUCCUGCUAUCUCGAAUUCAUCAUUAGUUGUAGCUACGGAUGGCUCUUGUCGUAACAUUCCUGGCACUGGUGCAAAUAAUUCUUCACAGUACACAAAUGGUGGUUUGUCACCUAUGGCAGGUCCUCAGUUUUUCGCCAGUGCUUCACCUGUUGGAUCAUAUCAACGUGCCUCACGUAAUUCUGCUUCAACUGCACCUAUCCAAUAUCCUCCAUCAACCACUCUAUCAGGUUACCCCGUUCGUGGUGUAUGCGGACGUGUUGCUUCGGAUAAUGUACGAUCUGUUGAGGGGAUUACACCCUUGGCGAAUUCACUGUCAACUGGACAUUCUGGACCUAAUUCAGUUGAUCAAACUCCGGGUAGUGUGUAUGGAUCCGAUUCAGUAGCUACACCACAAGCAAUGUAUCCAUCUCAAACUGGAACCGUGUCACCUUUACAAGCGGCAAACAGUUCCCAUCCAGCAUCACAGGUUCAUUCACCAGUUGCUUCUGGUGGAACUCAUUCUCACCAACCAACGCCACCUGGAAUUCAUUCUUCAUACAAUGCCUACCAUCCUAACACUGGUCAAAUGUAUCAAUACCAGCAACAGUCUCUCUAUGAUCAGAAUGGAUCUAAGGUAAUGUCUGGCCAUGCAGCUUCACCCAACGCACUACAGAAUUCAUUCCGUCCUCCGUCUAAUGCUGCUUCACCUAGUUCACAGUUUAUACCGACUACGGUGAACACUACAGGUCUAUCAUCUCCAUGUUCGUCACGUGUGUCAAACAAACAGUAUUCCCCUCAAUUGACUCCGCACCAAGGUUCCCCUCAAAGUCGCCUAACAUGUCCAACGGGAAAUCAAAAACCAAUCCAUUCUCAGUUCAUUCGCGCUGGUCAACUCUCAGUAUCAUCAGCAUUACCGGGUAAUCAGAUAAAUGACAACUUCACAUCGCAUUCCAGAUCAAAUACUCCGACCAAUGCAGCUUAUUCUAACAGUACAACAAUCAAUUCUGGCUCACUGAAUACUACACAAUAUGCCAACUAUAUACCGAAGGACGGAUUGCAGCAACCAUCAUUGCAACAACAACAAUCACAAAUGAAAAUAUCUAGCCCUCAAUCUUCGCCAUGUAUUGCUGGGGUUGAUGUCAACCUUAUGCAACUUCCAUCGAACUUACCUAAUCAGCCUGGUGUAACAAUGACACCACAAAAUCAUCGUCGAUCACAUAUGGCGACUAAUUCUAAUAUGCAUAUUCAUCAGUCAGUGCUGAUAGCACAACAACAACAACAACAGUUAGGUCCCAAUAGAUCUGUACUAUGGGAAGGCGAAAUUCAUGUGGCUGGUCCAAGUGGAAUGAACAUUACUAGUCGCUUUUCGACACGUCUUCUAUUGGAACAGUGUGCUGUCCGUGAUAUGAACAGUCAAAUCAGUAUGCAGAUGUGGGGAUCUGUUGCGCAGUUAUCAGUUAUUCAAGCCUAUAGAGAUAGUCCACUAGUUGAACGUCUUUCAAGUCCACUUGCCAGUGGUCAGUUACUAGCUCGAUUACUGGUUGAGUUACCUGAUCCUAAUGAUGCCAACAAUUUGAGCACAUUACUCUCACCACAGGGUAAUCAAAUGAUGAUACCUUUAGGUGUUCUGUCUCCAUCAUCCAUCCGUUUAUCCAAUCCAAUUCAACCCGGUAUCGUUGGAUUCAUCUGUUUAAUACACAAUCCAAAGCGUAAUCGAAUACACGGUCUUGUUCCGUAUGAUUCCGAACAAUUCAGGCAAGAUAUCACAACUGGUCGAUAUACUAAUAUAAGAUCAAAUCCUAUGACUCCUGAAUUAAGCGGUUCUCAGUCUACUGGUCAUUUUCAACGUGUUCCUCCUAAUUCUCAGAAAUUCCCUCAAGGAAAUCCUGAAAACCAAGGAGCUAUGGGGAAUAUAAACUCUCAGUACUUAAAUACUUCACAUCCAAGUAGCAAUAUUCCACUUUGUGAUACAAGUCCAGGCAAUACGCAAUCUACUUGUUUAAAUGCUUCAUAUCAAUAUCAGAAUCAAUCACACAUUCCACAGUAUAUUCCACAACAUACACAAGGACAGAAUGCAUCAAAAUCACAGACAAUUUGUAAUAAUACUUAUCAAGGUAUGCAAUUGAGUCAACGAUCUACUCCUUCACCACAUAAUAUACAUGAUAGUAUGCAAACUGGACCAUGUAUACCAUCAUAUGCGUUGGAAUCAGAUGAAUCAACACAAUGGGUAUCAAAUAGGACAGAUUCAUCAAAUCAUCAGAAUCCGCAACUUUCGAUAUCAAACAAUACAAUACCACAUCAAUCAGUACGCACAUUACAAUCUGGACAAAAUCAACAUAUGAUUCAGCAAGCUAUUCUUCAACGAUCGGGAAUGAAUACUCCUUACACCAAUAAUGGAUCUUAUCCUUGUCAUCCCCAUUCUCGCCCUGCAGUAGAUCGUCUCAAUGUGCCUACACCAAUGCAAGGUAACUCAAUGACAGAUCCUUCAAUUGUUUUAGAUCAACCUGUUGUUCAUAAUUCACAACUUACUGGUGUACUCCUACAGGGGCAACAACAACAAUCUCAGUCUUAUUUCGUCCCAAGUGGUACAAGAUUUCAAGGUGGCGUCGGACCUGCGCCUGUUAAUUCUUACCAUCGAAAUAAUGUACCACAAAUUCCGUCACAAAACUCCAUGUAUUCCCAACCACAGGCGUUUAAUCAAAGAGAUCAUUAUCUUACUUCUCAGCCACAGAACCAUGUACCACCAAGCAGUAAUAUAGGUGGCGGAUAUACAUGUUAUCCAUCUUGUAACAAUAUGUCUACAAAUAGUAUGUCAAAUCCAUCUGGUCAUCGCUUCAUUUCUGGACCAACCAAUGUGGGAAGUAUGCAGCUACCUAAUCAACCAUUACAUAUUCCUAAACACCCGCAUCCACCUAUACUCUCCCAGUCAGAAAAUUCAGGCAGUCGUCAUGGAACAUUUAAUCAUCAAAGUCCACACACACGUUCUGGUCCGUCCAAUGCUAAUUGUAAUACUUCUCUUGAUAGUCUUGGAUCUACGUAUGGAAUUCCUUCACAAGACCUCACACAUCAUAUGAUGCAUACUGCAUUACACGGAUCACUUAGGCAGCAGCCUUCGUAUGACUCUUGUGGUGGUAAUGGUAGUGGUAGUUCUCAGGGCUUCUUUUGAUGCUAUUCACUUCUAUACUCUUUCUGUGAUUUUUUAUGUUGUGCCUGAUCUUGUCAACGUUGUCUUCAAGUUGUUUACUUGUAUAUGGACUAUAUACGGCCUAUUCUAACUGACAAAUCACUUCAUCCAUCUGGUGUUUCUUAGUACCAUAUAUACUUUGGUGAUACUCUUCGC